UCAAGGUCAACAGCGAAAGACCAAAACCAGUCACAUUCAACACUCCCUCUAGUGUUGAAUCAGAAACCCAGUUCGAAGCUUUUCCUCUCAUUCUCUCUCUUUCCUCCCGACUCUGUGAAGAAUUCAUUCAACAGCCAACAGCCGACAUGAGUGAGAGUAGACUGCAACGCGCCCUGCGCGGCGGCUGCCAGUGCGGGCGUAACAGUUACAUCAUCGACGUCCCCCAAGGAACCACCGAGAGAGCGCAGGUGCUCUUCCACACAGACUCUAUGCAUAGAGUUCCUCUCGCAACCCCACUAGCCGCCAUGAUCCGCGUGCCGCUUUCGUGGUAUCACAGCUCAACCCACGCCCUCUUCCCGGACGAGAAGCACUCAACGAUCCGCCGAGUCUUCGAAUCCUCGUCCAAGCACCCGUCGAAGCGGCACUUUUGUGGCUUCUGCGGCACGCCCCUGUCCUACUGGACAGAACGGCCCCAGGCAGAGGCGGACUACAUCCACCUCACAUUGGCCAGCCUCCGGGGCGAGGACCUGAGAGACCUGGAAGACUUGGGGCUCAUACCCGAGUUCGAGGAGGCGGAGGAGCAGCCCGCGAUCCCGACAACAACGACGGUAGUUGGACGAGAAACCCACGGCGUCCCGUGGUUCGAGAGUAUGAUCGAGGGGACCCGUUUGGGCAGUCUGCGUCACAGCCAAGUAGUCGACCACAGCAGGGACGGGGCGAUCAGGGUCGAGUGGGAGAUUGUGGAGUGGACCGACUCGGACGAUAUCCACGACGUAGCCCCCGCGGCGGCUGGGGACGUCGACAUGGUGACCAACAAUGCCACGAAACGCAAGAUGGGAGACCGAGAUGAUGCGGAUGCCGCUGUCGAAGCCAUGCAUUGAGAACCCCGCCCAUAUCGUGCGUUGCAGCAGCAGCAGGAUAGGUGGUGAGGAGGCCGAGGGUUACUGGGCUGGGCUGGGCCGAUUCACCUUCGUCCCGGCUUCCGCACACCUCGGUGAGCUCCAGGUAGAGAGUACCUGGGCGGCGCGUCUUUGCUUCGAACCGAGAGCGAUGUGUACUAAAUAGAAAGGCGUGGGCAAGAUGUUGCAUAAGUGCGGUAAGACGGAAGGAUGGGUACUGGAUUGGUCUGGCGGCCGUGGUCUUGACGAGGAAAAGGGUGUAUUGGGCCGGACGAGCAUGGCAGAAACGAAGUGGGUGGGAGAGAAACCCGGAACGGACGGGCAGAAAGAAAUUUUGCUCUUGUAAGUGUCUAGAAUGAGCACAGCAACCUACACGGGCAGAGGGAGGCAGGCGGCUUGCCCAGAUGCCUCAAUGAUAAAAUGUAUAAGAGAGCAAAGAAGAAGAAGAAAAGAAAGGAAAAAUACCG